AUGACCACAGUGUAUCGAGUGUUGAAAGGUCUAUGGGCCACACGGCGGCUUACGGUCACCAUAUUGGUGAUUGUUUUGCUUCUUCCAGUGAUAUACGAAAUAUCCGGAGCAGAGAUGCAAGAGUCCGCCAAGCGAUGUCUUUAUGUUAUGUUGGUCAUGGCUUUGCUUUGGCUAACGGAGGCUUUACCCAUCCCAGUGACGGCCUUGGUGCCGCUAGUGAUGUUCCCAAUGACUGGCGUGAUGUCAGCAUCGCUAACCAGUGCUGCCUACAUUAGUGAUACGACCAUGUUGUUUCUCGGUGGACUUAUUGUGGCUGUUGCUGUAGAAGAGUGCCAUCUCCACAAGAGGAUCGCCAUGCUAGUUAUUAUGCUCAUCGGCUCAGAUCCCAAAUGGAUGAUGGCAGGACUGAUGCUGCCCACCUGGUUCCUCUCCAUGUGGAUCUCUAACACAGCCACAGCCUCCAUGAUGAUACCCAUUGCCGAGGCGGUUCUCCUGCAGAUUAAAACUGUCAACGAUGAAAGUCAAGAAUGUGACGAAGGUUCUGAAAAAACAACAAAGAGUCAGAAGAAAGAGGACAGCAGUGAAAGCUCAAGUUAUAUUCGGCUCUGUCGUGGACUUACUCUGUGUAUAGCGUACGCUGCAAAUAUUGGCGGGAUUGCUACGCUGACUGGAACACCGCCAAAUUUAAUACUCAAAGGCAUGGCAGACGAAGGAUGCUGCACACACAACAAGAAACAAGGCUUGGCUAUGAAGAAAGUUAUCAAGGAAGAAUGGGUGAAACUCGGUAAAAUCACCAUGGCGGAGAUUGAAGUCCUUAUUUUAUUCAUUGUCCUCGCUGUUUUGUGGAUCAGCCGAGAUCCCAAGGAAAGUCCAGGGUGGACAGGAUGGUUCAUCAAAGACUCUGUAUCUGACUCAACGGCAGCGAUGUUAAUAGCCUUGCUACUGUUCACUCUACCUGCAAAAAUACCGAAUUUACUCUGCUGGUACAAGGAAGAACGCACAAAUGAGCCCGUUUGGACGCCAUUAUUGACUUGGGAACAAGUAAACAAGAAGCUACCUUGGGGUGUCAUCAUCCUUCUGGGAGGGGGAUUUGCCCUAGCAAAAGGUGUGCAGAAAUCUCAUUUGGAUCAAUGGCUAGCACUUAAACUACAGGGACUUGGCAGUCUCGAUCCCUGGGUACUCAACCUUGUGUUGUGCCUGAUUGUUGCCACAAUCACGGAAGUUACUAGUAAUUCAGCAACUGCAACAUUGCUGAUGCCAAUUCUUGCAAACUUGGGAAUUUCAGUCGGUAUCAGCCCUCUGUAUCUGAUGGUAUCUGCCGCCAUUGCAACAUCAUUUGCAUUUAUGUUACCAGUGGCGACGCCUCCUAAUGCAAUUGUGUUCACGUACGGAUACGUACGGGUCAUUGAUAUGGCAACAGUUGGCAUUUUUAUGAAUAUCAUCGCAGUAGCAGUACUAACUCUUGCCGUCAACACCUGGGGAAAGUCAGUCUACGGCUUCGAUGACAUAGAGCCCUAUUUUCAGAAACCACAUAUUUUGACCUAA